AAGAGGCAGUCAAACGGAGGUUUCCGUCUCGGGACUGCGGGAAACUACCCUGCGAAAAGAAGGAGCUGAGCAAGUCGCUGUGACCGGGGAGACAGUCCGAGCUGGGAGUGGAGCGGAAGGCUUUUCUUUUUCGAAGUGGCACUCUAGUUUUUUUUUUGUUUGUUUUGUUUUGUUUUUUUAAAGACACCUUUUCUUUCCGGUUAAAGAAACAAGCCUUUGGAGAUGGGCGACAAGGCGGGGACCAGAGUCUUCAAGAAGUCCAGCCCCAACUGCAAGCUUACAGUCUACUUGGGCAAAAGGGACUUUGUGGAUCAUCUAGAUCAUGUGGAUCCAGUUGAUGGAGUACUUUUGGUCGAUCCAGAAUACCUUAAAGACAGAAAAGUUUUUGUGACGCUGACGUGUGCAUUUCGUUAUGGCCGAGAGGAUCUGGACGUGUUGGGAUUGUCCUUCAGAAAGGACCUUUACAUCUCCACCUUCCAGGCUUUUCCUCCACUGCCUGAGGAGCGCAAACCACUCAGCCGCCUGCAGGAGCGCCUACUCAAAAAGCUCGGCCAGCACGCACACCCCUUUAACUUCACUAUUCCUCAGAAUCUUCCCUGCUCAGUCACUUUACAGCCAGGACCAGAGGACACAGGCAAGGCAUGCGGUGUAGACUUUGAGAUCAGAGCUUUUUGUGCCAAAACUGUAGAGGAGAAGAUUCACAAGAGAAACUCGGUGCGGCUGGUAAUCCGUAAGGUGCAGUACGCUCCAGAGAAGCCAGGACCACAGCCUAUGGUGGAGACCACACGCAGCUUCCUCAUGUCUGACCGCUCCCUUCACCUGGAGGCCUCCCUCGAUAAAGAGCUCUACUACCACGGAGAACCCAUCAGCGUCAACGUCCACGUCACCAACAACUCCACCAAAACUGUCAAACGAAUCAAAAUCUCAGUGCGACAGUAUGCCGAUAUCUGUUUGUUCAGUACUGCACAGUACAAAUGCCCAGUGGCUCAGGUAGAAGCCGAUGAUCAAGUGUCGUCCAGCUCAACAUUCUGUAAGGUGUACACGCUCACCCCGACACUAACCAGCAACCGAGAGAAGAGAGGUCUAGCGCUGGAUGGCAAACUCAAGCACGAGGACACCAACCUGGCCUCCAGCACCAUUGUAAAGGAUGCAUCCAAUAAAGAGGUUCUGGGUAUUCUGGUGUCCUACAGAGUCAAAGUUAAACUGGUGGUAUCUCGUGGAGGUGAUGUUGCAGUAGAGCUUCCCUUUGUGCUGAUGCACCCUAAGCCCUCUGAGCAGCCCACCUCAAGACCACAGUCAACUGUGCCAGAGACAGAUGCUCCUGUGGAUACCAACCUGAUAGAGUUUGAGACAAAUAACUUCUCUCAGGAUGACGACUUUGUGUUUGAGGACUUCGCGCGGCUGAGGCUGAAGGGAAUGAAGGAUGAUAAAGAAGAGGAUGACCACUUCUGCUAACCCUGUGUGGAAAGGGGGAACUGGAUUAAAGGGGCUCUAAGUGUCAGUACUACUAAACUACCAUUCCACUGGGCCAAUCUGAAAGAGCAGGAUGCUCACAUGAGCACCUUCUCUCCUCUAUUUUUUAAAACUAUUAUUUUUUUUAUUUCUCUUGACCCUUUCCUUGUCCCUUUUUGUCCAUGAUGAUGUUGUCUUUAGAUCUUUUUUUUUUUUUCCUUUUCUUUUUUUGGAGCUUCUUUGUUCUUGUGCAUGUGAAUUAGACAGAGAAAAUGAAAUUGAGCGAGAAAAGCAAAGAAAUCAGUCAGGUUAAAGAAAACAGAUCAGGGAUGUCUACGAAACAUCAUUAAACAGAGGGUCCAUUAAUUCAGGGGUUUCUUUUUUUGUACUUAGAUUUCUUUUCCCUCCCCCAAUGUAAACUGAGUGGGCAUUAAUAGUUUUGUAAUAUUGUAAGAGCAUAGGUGAAACGUUACUUCAUAGUAGAGUAUGGCAGAUAGGGAACACAUGCUUAAGAAUUUAAUGUCGUUAUCAAAUUCAGUAUAGUCUACAAAAAGGCUUUUUGUUCUAGCGUUUUAUUUUAUAGCUAUGUAAAAUGUAUACAUAUCGCAUGAACGUGUGUAAGGAAUGACUCUUCUGUGUGCUUAAAAGUCAGCACAAUGCAUUGGACCACAGAAGACUUAAUUUAUUAUUGGCAUCGGUUUUGUCACCCAACUGAGUGUGCUAAAUGUGUGUGGAUUGUGGGUUUUGAAUAAACACAGAGAAGAGAGACAGCGAGAGCUUGGCCUGCAGAGGUCUGUUGCUAUUCUAGUUUGCAACUAGAAGUUGCCAAAAUUAAACACGUAUGUUGUCAUUUGUUAAACAACAGAUAUAUUUUCAGGGGUCUUAGGGGUCCUGCUAUAAUUUUUAAGAAGUAGGCAACCCUUUUUUUUAUAUCAGACAUCAGGCUUCACCAUUUUAGCUGCUUUCCCCUUUGCCAAUCUUUCUAUAUAAUCUCAGCCCAGUAAAGAGUGCUACAUUUAGACUAUUUCCUCCCCCCAACAUUUCAAAGGUUUGUAUUUAACCUACUCAUUAUAAGCACUUUUUUCAAAAUUAUUUAUGUUGGGUGUCUGUAAUGAUGUCCUGUAAUGUAGGUGUUAUCACACGCUGGCUCUUUUGCUCCAUCUUGUGUCCAAAAGAAAUGGUUCUGCUAUGGUUUUAAUUAAGUAAGCAAUUAAGCAUCGUUUUCCAACUCCCCUUUAUUUUUGAUCAGCAGUUUAUACUCACCUAUAAUCUACUAUUAUAAUCUAUUAUUGGUUGACCUUUAAUGUAUAGCUUACAUUAUUAUUGUCCAUAUUACACUUUAUUUUUAUCAAAUACCACCUCAAAUGAUUAUUGUUAACUCCGCAAAGGCUUAAUUUCAAGCUUGUUCUGCCCAUCAAACCUUUUUUUUAUUAUUAUACAAGGAACUGAGGAACUACUGAGUUUACCACUUAUAAUUCUGAUAUUAUAUUUACUUAAUGAAAUUAUAUAUUUCCUUUUUUUCAUAUUUCAGUUAAAAUAUUUUUUUUUUUGUAAAGCUAAUGUCAUUAUUGAACUAACCAGAAGCUCUAUGCUGUACGCUUCAUUUGCUGUAUAUUGCUAUAUUAUACAGCAGAAAUUGCCUGCUGUUAGAACUUUUGCCCUUAUGGGUGAGGAGACUUUGUGCUUUUGCCUCCAGACCAGCUCACAGUGUUGUUUGAAAUAUUUUCCUCAUUAAUUAUUACAGCCAUCAACACUUUACCAACAAUGUUUAUGUACAUAAAUGCACACAGAAUUUACCCGCUAUUGGAAUAUUUUCAGUUUGUUUGAUACACUUUUGUUCAUUCAUACAGAUUUUACACUGCUAGGAACCAACUUUGUGUAACCUCAUUUUUUUUUUUAAGGAAUGCCUUGCAGGACAUGUUUUUUAAGAUAAGUAACAGGAAAUUGGUGCUGUACAUAAUUGAAAAAAAGAACAGAAAGAUUGAGACUGAGAAAAGAAAGCUUGUUUAUCAGACUCAAGCUCAUGUCUAAGGCUACAGAAUAAGAACAGUUAAUAGAAAUAAGGAAAUAAGCUCCAGGUAAUACAAGAGCACACUGUCCAUUUGUCACACAUCAUAUGUUAUUUAUAAUCACAACAGGACUUAAAAUAUGCCAUGAAAAACAAACGAUUGAUUUUUUUUUUAUCUAGGAAUGUUUGCAUAUGUGUACAUUUGUUGAUUGUCUGCCGUUAACUUUUAAAAAGGCUUUUUUAUCAUUUAUGUUAUGAAAUGGCAGGGAGAAUAUUUUCAUCAGAUGGUCGAAAGAUCUUUGUCCAUAUGUGAGUGCUUUGCUAGAAUGCCAUGCAUGCAUUCAAAGGCAGCAGUAGGCUUUGAGAACGUUGUGGUGUUGUGAUCGAACGCUCUCUCAGACCAUCUUCAUGUAAAACUUGGCUUUUUUUUAUCUAAAUGAAGCCUCAUAUGUCUGUGAACCAGUCAAGUGUAUAAAAGAAAUAUUAUAUUGUAUAUCUUCCCUUGGAUUCUGUAGGGUGCAUCUAAGGAAAAAUGCACGCACAUGUUGGUUUGUAGACUAAUAUUGUACCAUGUCACACUUUUUUUUUUUUUUGUAUUUUAUGGUUGAUUUUAAGCUACUUUUACUCCUCACUACUACUAAAAUUGAUAUUCUGAAAAUAUACAUACAGGCUACCUGGUAAUUUAAUUCAUAAUAAAUUAAGAUGAAAUAUAUUAAUAUGAAUUCCAAGAUACUAUAUAAGCAAUAUGUUAUUUUAGUCAAUAAAAUGAUAAUAAAAUUCACUAAAAAAAAAUGCAAAAGUGAAAAAAAAAACAUGAAAACAUUGGGAAAUAUAUGUUGCUUCUUUAUUUUGUACGCCGUUUUAGAAAAUUAAAAAAGGAAGA